UGUUUGACAAACAAAAAGUGUAACCGCCCUCUUGAGUUGAGUCUUGAGCGCUCCCCUCUUUUGGUUUCCGACGCGCGCACACAUUUCCUUCUAUUUUCCGAUCAGCAGUCACUCGCUUUUCCACUUUCCCGAAUUCUCCGAUGAGCGGCGGCUCGGAGCGGCACCGGACGGAGGCCUAAGAGGAGCUCGCUCUGAUUUUCCGGCAGCCAUGUCCGAGAACGCGGACGUGGCGUUCCAGACGUUCCGCGCGCUGGUGGAGAGCGCGGACCGGAAGUUCUCUAGGGUUCGGGACGCGGCGGCGUACGGCGGCGCGAGCCAGCAGCAGCGGCAGCACGCGUUCCAGAAGGUGUUCAAGGCGUACACGCGGCUGUGGAAGUACCAGCAGGAGAACCGCCCGAGGCUGGUGGAGUGCGGGCUGAAGCGGUGGGAAAUCGGCGAGAUCGCGAGCCGAAUCGGCCAGCUCUACUUCGGGCAGUACAUGAGGAGCAGCGAGUGCAGGUUCCUCGUCGAGGCCUACGUCUUCUACGAGGCCAUUCUCAGCAGAAGGUACUUCCAGGGAUCCGAAUCCACCGCCAAAGAUCUCGGAGUCAGGUCCAAGGAGUUGAGGUUCUACGCGCGCUUCUUGCUCGUUUCGCUCAUUCUCAACCGAACCGACAUGGUCAACCACCUCGUUCAACGCUUCGUCGCUUUAGUUGAAGAUUGCAAGGCUACCUUCCGGGAAACUAAUUUUAAGGAAUGGAAGCAAGUUGUGCAAGAAAUUAACCGAUUCACAAAAGUCGAUAAGGGCUUUAGUUUCAGGCCAAUGCGCUAUUGUGCCACAUUUGAUACUCAUCGAGCUUCUCUUCCUUGUGUGGCUCGUUUUCAUGCAAAGAGGGUUUUAAAAUUUCAAGAUGCACUGUUGACAAGCUAUCAUCGAAAUGAGGUCAAGUUUGCCGAGCUCACAUUGGACAUCUAUAGAAUGAUACAAUGUUUAGAAUGGGAGCCUAGUGGAACAUUCUACCAAAAGCAUACAGUUAAACCUAAGGAGAAUGGUGACACAAUUGAUCAUUCAGGAGCCUCUGGGAUAAUAGACAUGAAUCUUACUGCAGAUAUGACUGAUCCAAGUAUACCUCCUAAUCCUAGAAAGGCUACCCUGUACCGUCCAUCUGUGACACAUGUGAUAGCAGUUAUGGCUACAAUUUGUGAGGAGCUGCCACCAGAUUGUGUUGUACUAGUAUAUCUUUCAGCCUCAGGGAAGGCUGGUCAUAAUAAUGUCUCUCAGAUGGAAAAUUCUGGAGGUUCAUCCAAAAAUUCAAGACACAAAGUCCUUUCUCAGACGUCCCAAGGACAGAAUUCUGGAGCUUCCGAAACUCUAAAUAACGGCAAGAGAGAACUGAGCUGUUAUGAUAAUUAUCUGUGGUUUGGUCCCAAGGGAAAUAGUGGUUCAAAUAAUCUCUACCCUGGCGAUCUUAUCCCUUUCACUCGGAAACCUCUUUUCUUGAUUAUUGACAGCGAUAACAGCCAUGCAUUCAAGGUUUUACAUGGUGCUGAGAGGGGAGAAGCGGCUGGUCUAUUUCUGUCCCCUUUAAGACCGAUUUUCAAGAAUCCAUCUGAUGUAAAUUCAAAUAGUGGAAGCCAAUUUACCUUUUUCUUGACUGCUCCUUUGUCAGCUUUUUGCCAAAUGAUUGGUCUCUUCCCCAGUGAGGCUGAUACAGAUGUCUACAACGAAGCAGAGAACAUAAUCGCUAAUGCUUUCACUGAGUGGGAAAUAAUUCUUUGCUCGUCAACUACCAUGGAUUUAGUAUGGGCGCAAGUUAUAGGCGAUCCAUUUCUAAGGCGGCUUAUUCUGAGAUUCAUAUUCUGCCGAUCCGUGAUAUCUUUUUUCUGCCCACCUGAGGAGAGUGAACAGUAUCUGCCACUUUGUUUACCCCAUCUACCCUCUUCUGUGGCUCCAACGUCUGAAGCCGUGCGUUCUGCUGUCGUGCAACUCGCCAUGCACUUUGAUGCUGCUGACUCCUUUCACUUUACUGAAACAUAAGAUUGGGACCUAAAAAGUAACGAGUAAAAUGAUAGGUUUAACAUGCAGGCUUUGGAAGCUAAGGAUUAUGAGAUCCAAGGAAUACAAAACAUAAUGAGUUGACCUUUCGGGCGACAGGACAAGGGUAUUUAGUGUGGGGCCUGGGCUGUCUGGUGAAAAAAGAAAUUGUUGGUAAUGGUUGCCUCUGCUUGUUGUGUUGCUUAAUUCGACCCCACCUGCUUCGUUGAUCUAUAUGCUGUAUUUGGUGGUUUGCUCUGUACUGUUAAGGUUAGGUCAUGAUGGGUGCCUGGUGACUUUUCAUGUGUUUGGUCGUGGCAAGAUAAUUUUGUUUUUGUAGCGUGGCAAGAUAGUUGUUAGUUUAAAAUUAGUUGUAUUUGUUCAUACUUCAUAGCUUUGAAAAGGGGAAAAAAAACAGGAAGUAUUUGUUAAUUUUUACCUUUUUGAGCAGAAUUGGACGGUUUUGAAACAACACUGAUUGAGGAGGAUGUAUUCUGGGAAGAACGAAUUCCGUCAAAACUCAAAAGUAAAUUACUUACCCUGUAUAUUCAAUUUUAGAGUUUUACCAUAUUUAUA